AUGCCCCGGGGGUUCCUGGUGAAAAGGAACCGGAGGGCCACGCCGAUCUCCUACCGGGUCCGCUGCGUCCAGGAGGGCGAGCCCGAGCUGCUGCUGUUCGCCGGCGGCCAGCAGCUCUGCUCCCCACCCCUCCCCUCCGCCGGCCCCGAUCCGGCGGCCCCCACCGCGCCCCGGGAACCGCCGCUGCCGCCCCCCAAGCCCAUGCAGUUCGGCACCCCCGAAGCCGCGUGCCAGGCGCUGUACAGCCCCACCCGGCCGGUCAGCAAGGAGCACGAGAAGAAAUCCUUGGAGCGCAGCUUCAACCUGGGCUCGCCGGUCUCCGCAGAGUCCUUCCCAGCCCCGGCGGUGCCCAGCACCAUGGACCCGCUGCUCUUCGCCCCGGCCGAGCUCAAACUGUGGGCCUCCUCCAGCCCCGCGGAGACCAGCGGCCCCCAGCGCAGCACCCAGAGCGGCCCCCACAGGGACACCCACUGCAGCACCCAGGGGCCCCUGAACGGCACCCACUGCAGCACCCAGAGCGCCACCCUCUGCAGCGGCCAGGCGAGCGCCGGCACCCGCAGUCUGUCCGCCCUGCUGCCCCCCUCCUCUGCCUCCUCGGGCCGCCCCCAGCCCAAGCGGCCCCCCGCCGGCUCGGAGCCCGGCAAGCACAAGCCCCCGGCCGCUAAGAAAGCCAAAGCCAUCCGCAAGCUGAACUUCGAGGACGAGGUGACCACGUCGCCGGUGCUGGGGCUGAAGAUCAAGGAGGGGCCGGUGGAGCCGCCCCGGGCGCGGGGGGCGGGCGGGCCGGGCCCGCGGCCGCUGGGCGAGUUCAUCUGCCAGUUGUGCAAGGAGGAGUACGCCGACCCCUUCGCCCUGGCGCAGCACAAGUGCUCGCGCAUCGUGCGCGUGGAGUACCGCUGCCCGGAGUGCGACAAGGUCUUCAGCUGCCCGGCCAACCUGGCCUCGCACCGCCGCUGGCACAAGCCGCGGCCGGCCCCCAGCGCCCCGCCGCCGCCGCCCACCAAGGCGCCCGAGGAGCAGCCGCCGCCCAAGGAGGCCGGAGGCAGCGGCAGCGAGCGGGACACGCCCAGCCCCGGCAGCGGCGGCGGCUCGGAGUCCGGCUCCGAGGAGGGGCUGUACGAGUGCCCCACCUGCACCCGCCGGUUCCGCCGCCAGGCCUACCUCCGCAAGCACCUGCUGGGCCACGAGCCGGGGCCCGGUCCGGAGAGGCCCGGCCCAGAGGAAAGCCCCGGCGCGCCGGCCGCCAGCGAGUGCCACCUGUGCCCGGUGUGCGGGGAAACCUUCCCCAGCAAGGGCGGCCAGGAGCGGCACCUGCGCCUGCUGCACUCGGCGCAGGUCUUCCCCUGCAAGUACUGCCCGGCCACCUUCUACAGCUCGCCCGGCCUCACCCGCCACAUCAACAAGUGCCACCCCUCGGAGAACCGGCAGGUCAUCCUGCUGCAGCUGCCCGUGCGCCCCGCCUGCUAG